AUGGGUACUAAUUGUGUUCUGAGAUCAAGAAAAAGUAAAAAAUAUCAUCAUUUCUAGAAUAUUGACUUAAAUACUACCACAGUGGACUAUGGGUUUAGGUUAAAUGGUUAUUGCAUUUAAGAUAAUGAAGAAGUAAUAGAGCAUGUUAAUGAAAAUUAUGAUAAAACAAGGACUUAUGAGCAAGUAAAAGAAAUUUUUAUUAAGUUAUUGAGAUCUUAAUUUGGAACAGCUAUAGGAGCUAAGUAUCUUAAACAAUUGGUGUAUGAUAUUGAAGAACUUUAGUUAUUUUUAUAAGAGAAAGGCAGAGCUAAAAUACUUGGAAGUAGUUUAUUCUUUACCUUUGCUAGAGACUACUAUGAGUAAGCUGAGAUUUUCGAUAAUAAGUUACACAUUGUGAGAGUUAAAUUGAUUGAUCUUUGCCAUGUAGAGCAUUUGGAAGAUUUAGAUGAUAAAGAUGAUGGUUUUUUAAAAGGCACCUUUGAGUUACUAAGGCUCUUAAAUGAGAUUUAAUGUGAAUUUUAUCUUAAUUGA